UCAAAAUACAUUGAUAUUUUUAACUUUGUAAUUUUGGACUUAAAUAUCGAAUUGUUUUGGGCAGUUCCAUGUGGUAAUUUUAAUUGAAUAAUCCUUAACGUCACCUGUCAAAUGUCCGCAAACUUAACCAAAAUUUGCAAAAAUAAUUGUGAAUGGACAUAGGGCGCAUGCAGUCUAGUUGCCCCCCCCUAAUCAGUAACAAGUUAAAUGGGGCUCCGAAUGCGAGUACUAACAAAUCGAAGCACAUUGUAAUGGCAGAACGUCGCAAUGAAUCGUGUGCCAAUAAGAACAACGACAAUAAUUACAGUAACAUUCGCCCUAUUGUCACUCCUCGUAUACCGAGGCUACCGAACAAUUGGAGGCAAAGUCAGAACCGAACCGAGGAAAGUAUCUACCCCAGUGUCGGAAAUGUGGUGCAAUUCAAUCAUUUUACGGUGGGGCCGCCCUUGUGGCAGCCUUUACUACCACACACGUACAAUAAUUUAGUUUAUCCGCAAUUUGUACACGCAGUAUUACAACCAAAUUUACAACCGUGCUUUCACAGACCUAACCAGGAAAACCGGAGGCGGGUACACAACGCUGCUAACACUGCGGGGCAAACGUCACUUAACGGUUUGCGUUUCUGGGAAAAAAUCUCGCCAAAUAAUGCCAGCUCAGGGUUUGUUUUCUCUGUGAUGACUUACAAUGUCCUGGCACAGGACCUCGUCAACCAACACCCUUACUUAUACGCUCUCCACCGGAAAGAUUCCCUCAAAUGGGACACUCGCUGGAAUAAUCUCUUGGCCGAAAUACGCAAUUUAAACCCAGACAUUUUGUGUCUCCAAGAAGUACAAAACACGCAUUUAGAUCAAUAUUUUUCAACACUUGACACUUUGGGGUAUCAAGGGCUGUACAAGCAACGUACGGGCCCCCGGACCGACGGCUGCGCCAUCUACUACAAGCCCCACCUCCUCACCCUCCUCGAGCACGAAACAGUUGAAUACAACCAGCCCACCACCCGCCUCCUUGACCGCGACAACGUUGCCAUAAUCGCAAAAUUCGCCUCUAAGUCCCGCCCCUCGCAUCCCUUUGUCGUCGCCACCACCCACCUCCUCUACAACCCCAAACGGCAAGACGUACGCCUCGCCCAAACGCAACUCCUAUUGGCCGAAAUCGACCGAAUUGCCUUCAAUUCCUCUACGUACCUCCCGGUUAUCCUCACCGGCGACCUAAACUCCACCCCUGACUCCGCCCUCUACAAAUUCAUAAGUAGCGGAUUUUUGCGCCGUGAGGAUUUGGCUUUGAUUCGUUCGCCGAGAAGUCAGACCGGGUUCUAUGGCCUACCCCCAUCGUUGCGUAUAACAAAUGAGUGCCAGCAUGCCGAUUUGUUAGUGAAGAGACAGGAGAAUAAUGUUCUGCCAAGACAGGAGGAGCUCAAGUUGAUUGAGUUGAGGCAUAGUGGGAGACAGAUGGAAGGGGCGAAAAAUAAGGAGAAGGUCGACGAGAAGUUGUUCAAUUCGGGGGGUUUGAGCCAUAAGUUUUUCCUAGAUUCGGUGUAUAAGCACAGGAAUAAGGGGGAUAUGGAAGCCACGACCUUUCAGGACAUGUGGGUUUCCGUCGAUUAUAUUUUUUUCAGUAAGAAGCGGAAACAUAAGAAUGGUCUCGUGCUUUUGGAGCGUUACAGAUUGCCAACGAGCCGAGAAUUGAGCGAUCUGAAGAUCCCGAAUGGGGAAUUGGGGUCGGAUCAUUUGUCGUUGAUGGCGAGAUUUAAGUUGGAAAUGUGAUUGUAUGUUAAACGUUGACUCUAUUUUGUAAAAAUAAAGUUUGUUUAAGGA